AUGGGCUCACUCGCACCCCGCCAGCCGGCUCGAGCAUUUCCACCAGGGAUCCACGUCCCAUCGCUAACGUGGUUCAAAGACGAUGAUGCCCAGACGAUUGACUGGUCUCUACAGGAAAGCCACGUGAAAUUUCUAAUCGAGGCUGGUCUGCACGGCAUCGUGAUUGCUGGCACCAACGGUGAAGCUGCGGCACUGUCCAGCGAGGAGAAAUACGAACUUGUGCGCCGAACACGUCAAAUCGCCAGUUCACUUGGAAAGCCCGAUUUACCGGUGACGGUGGGCUGCAACGGCGGCUGCACUCGCGCCGUGAUCAAAGAUACGGUUGCGGCAGCGGCAGCCGGAGCGGAUUUUGCCCUGACGCUCGUCCCCAGCUACUUCCACUUUGCGCUGGACGACGCCGCCAUCAAUGAGUUUUUCCUGGAGGUCGCCGAUAAGUCGCCCGUUCCGAUAGUGAUCUACAACUUCCCGGGCGUCGUGAGUGGGCUGGACGUCAACAGUGAGAUGCUGGAUGUGCUGGGCCAGCAUCCGAAUAUCGUCGGUGUGAAGUUGACUUGCGGUGGGAUUGCGAAGGUCGCCAGGGUAAGUGCCAAGUUCGGCGCCUUUCAGGACGAGUCCGAGACGGGCGAGUUCAGGGCGUUGGCUGGUCAGAGUGAUUGGCUCGUGCCGGCUCUUGAUGUGGGAGGUUCUGGUUGUAUCACUGGUUUGGCGAAUCUUUUCCCCAAGGCUUGUUUGGAGAUGUAUGAGCUUUGGCUGGCAGGGAAGAGUAAGGAGGCCAACAAGCUUCAAAUCGAGGUUUCGAAAACCGAGAUCGGGUUUGGGAGGGCUGGAAUCAAUGGCACGAAAUGGAUUGUUGCCCAUCUGAGAGGUUACUCAGAAGGCUCGUCGCACUGCAGAAGACCAUAUCCAAAGUUCAGAGACGACAAGAAGAAAGCAUGGUUGCUGGAAAAGAUGACACCGUGCACCGCUAUUGAGAAUACGUUGUUGAAAAGAGUUGGCUCAUAG